AAGAUUACGCGCGCAAAUUUCUGGCGGGAGAUGCGCCUAUGGGAUUAUGCCGGUGAAUAACCUAAUGUCGAGGUAAAGUCGGUAAAGUGCUUACAGUGAUUGUAUUACCUUGUAGCACGCAGCUACUACUGGUCAGAUCAGUUUUCAAAACACACCCUGUUCUGCUAAGUCCGCUGAUUUUGUCGCGUAGCGUAGACACUGCGAUGGCACCUGUGAGUGGCGCCUACAAUCCAGAGUUUCUGGAUGAUUUCUUGCCGUUGUACUAUGGAAAGCUGUUCCCCAUCGACGCGUUUUACAAGUGGAUAACGUACUCGGACAAAUCAAGGGGUGGAAACCGUGAAAUAUCUUUCACUUUGCGGGACGAUGUUUACAUCAGGUUUCAGUCAUUUUCGAACAAGCAAGAGUUUCAAAAAGCGUUGAAGGACAAACGCCCGCACAAGAUUGAUAUUGGCGCGGUCUACAAUUACAAUCCAAAGAACCACCAUGAGCCUUCCUUUGGCCCUACUGAAAGGGAACUAGUGUUCGACAUCGAUAUGACAGAUUAUGACGACGUGCGAACGUGCUGCCAGGGGGCUGACAUAUGCAAAAGUUGCUGGGUCUUCAUGACUUUAGCCAUGCAAAUUUUGGACAGGGUGUUACGAGACGAUUUUGGCUUCAAGCACAUUCUUUGGGUCUAUUCAGGACGUCGUGGUGUGCAUUGUUGGGUGUGUGAUGCAAGAGCAAGAAGACUUCGAGCAGGAGCACGGGCAGCCAUUGCCAGUUAUAUCAGCCUGUUAAAGUCACAAUCUCAGAGCUCCAAGAAAGUAUCAUUAUUCAAAAGUCUGCAUCCAAGUGUGAGGGAAACAUUAAGGAUUGUGAAGGACUACUUUCCGGUGAUUGCCCUCCACAACCAGAAGGUGCUUGAGGGCAACAAGUUCUGGCAUGACGUGGUUAGCGCUUCCUCUGAUAACACUUUUAAGGAAGACAUUGAAAAGAACGUCUUGUCACAAGCGUCCUGUGAGAAGCGCUGGGAAGCUUUUAUUGCUGUGGUUGAAAAGGCACAGCAAAAGAGUACUAGAUAUCAGUUUAUUUUGGAAGAAGUAAUGCUUGAGCUAUGCUACCCAAGGCUUGAUGUGGCUGUUACGAAAGGCACUCAGCAUCUCUUGAAAGCACCGUUCUCUGUUCAUCCUAAGACUGGCCGAGUUUGUGUGCCCAUAGACAUAACGAAUGUCACAGACUUUGACCCUUUUACGGUGCCAACUGUCAGCCAACUCUGCAACGAAAUUGACGAGUAUGACGCCCAGCACAAAACCAUGGACGUUGGCAGUUCAGCUGUUCAGGAAUACAAGAAGACAGGCCUUGCGUCUAGUGUUUCAUUGUUUCAAAGCUUUGUGGACAAGGUUUGUCUCACAGAAGCAGAUGUAGUCGUUAAGAAAGUAGAUCAAUCAAUGGAGUUCUGAAGAUGCCAAGAGUGGAACUUUUUUAACUUAAACCUUAUUCAGUAUGUUUGUCCUCUGCAUUAAAC